AUGCUGUUUGAGCAAUUCCAGUUCAUGAACAACUUGUUGCUGCCCAGGCUCAGGAUGGCAGCGGAGGGAGGAGGGAGUUGGGGAGGACUUCCUGUGGGUGUGCUGACAGUGGAGGAGCCCAGAGAGAAACUGCUCAGCGUGGUGCUGGUAUCCACAAUGUGCUUCAAUUCCUUCUUUCUUUCUUACCCUUUCAGCAGCAAAGAAGUCAAUAAGAAGAUGGCUCCUCUCCCUGCCUCCCCGAGUGGGCACCAGAUCGGCACAGAGCGCAGACAUUCAGUAAACACAUUUGGGGGUGACCCAAUGAGUUUGGUUGAAGUUGCAGGAGCCUGGGUGGGAGACCAUCUACUGGAGGAGCAGAGAGGCGUUGUCAGUGGUCACCCCACGAAGAGAGUGGCUCCCCUCCCCAGCCACUGUUCCCUGCCCACCGGUCCACAGGAGGCUAAAAGCAUCGGUUUUACAUGGAUGGCUUUUAAAAUCAGAAGUUCCAGAAGGCACUCUAUCAGCACAAGACUGUCAGGACGGGAGGAGCGUUGGAUUGCAGGGCUGAAUUUCAAACUGUUCUUCUCACCUCCAACGGGGGACAGAGGUGGGAACAGAAUGGCAGUUCGUUUGUCCUUGGAAUAUUUGGUUUAA